AACUCGAUGUGAACGGAUCGUUCGUCAGAGACCGUGAGUCAGAGAGUGGAAGUGCGCGAGGAGUGUGUGAGUGAGAAGAAGUGUGAAGUAGAAAAGUUAAAGGCAAAGCACACGAGUGCAGGAAGAGGAAAUCCCUGGUAGCCGUGUUUGUGAAGUGGAAAAAUACCCCUUUUCCAGUAUAACAACGGCGCCCACUUAUACACCAAUAAUAAUUUAAGCGAAUUGCCCCAACUAAUCGCGAAACAGUGCGAAACGCAACAGUGCUCUACAUGCGCUAGUUUUCUUUUCAUCGUUCAGUGAAAAAAGAAAAGAGGUGUGUGAGAGUGUGUGUGUAUACGUACACGACGCGUGAGCAUUUUGCGUGCCUGCAUUAGGAGCACUCGUCGUCGAUGCACAGUGCAUUUGUUCUAAUUAGAAGGCGCAUUCGGUGUACCCCAGGGGUUAACAUUUUCGCAAGACAAUUGUGUUUGGCUGUACGGCAGGAGCGAAACAGCGAGCGGAGUCGACGCGCAAUUGUCGUGUGUGUAUAUGCAUGUGUGUAAAUAGACGUCACGUCCGAAACGGUCGAAAAAGUGAAAGUGCAAAAACACGGCAGGAACCAUACCUCCACCCACAAGAGAGAGCUGUGAAGAGAACGAGAGACUACUCCAGGCGCGAUGACAAACUCGCACAAUCGUAACGGCCGCAAUGCUGGCAGUGGUAACCAUGCCGAGCGGUACUUCCACAACCACAGCCCGCAGCAGCUGAGCCCUUCGACGCAGCAACAGCAGCAGCAGCAGCAGCAGCAGCAUGGUGGCAACACCGGAAGCAAUGGCAAGCAGCAGCGUGGAGGAGGCCGCAGUCAGCGGUCACCGAGUGCGAACUACUUCCGUAGUAUUUUCUCCUCGUCCAACACAAUACCGAUAGUACAACAGCAGCAGCAGCAGCAGCAGAGGCAACCGUCGUAUUCACCCACCGGUGGACGAGGUGGUGGUGGUCGCCAUAGCAACAACAGCAGCAACAGCUCAAACAGCUUUAAUCAGCGCUCCAGUCCGAGCAGUAGCGGCAGCUUCCCGAUGAUGAUGUCCUCGCCGAUGGGAGCUGGUACGGCCGCCGGACCUGUAUCAGGUUCGCCGCCAAACUUUUCCCACUUUGCGGGCAGCAAGUGCUAUGAUGCACCCGCACCCACCGCGCUGCCGAAGCCUCCCGUCCACUGGACCGUCGGUGGCGGCAAUGGUAGCAGCAGCAGCAGCAGCACUACUAGCAUUAGCAGUUCCUUCUCGUCGAUGAUGAUGAUGGCGAGUGGCGGCGCCGUCGGGGGCGGUUCAUCCGUCCACACUUCGAUGGCCGGUGGCGCUAAUAGAAAGGGGGCGGCAGGAUCCUCCUCCAUCAACGUGGGGCUGAAGCAGCAGUACCACAGCCAGCAGCAGCAGCAGCAGCAGCAGACGCGACUGCGGACCAAGGCGAUGAAAUCGUGUGCAUCGGCUGCGGCCAAGGCAAGCAAUCGCCAUGCCGCUGCCUUCACGCACAAUCUGAAAACGAUUCUCAACGUGCAGGCUUAACAACCCGUCGUCACCAUAACAGCCAGCAGCAAUGGCAGACAGAGUAGCGGCAGUGGCAGUAGCAGAAACAGUCUCGAGCAAGUGAUGCGAGAGCAAGAUGAUGAUAAUACGAUAACGAUGACGACGAGCGUUGAAGGCGCUAGCGACAAGGAGCUGUCGACGAUACGGCGAGAAGAAGAUGCGCCACCGCUCAUGGUGGUGCGCCAGCGGAAACGGAAUCGACGGAGGAAAGCUAAGCAGCAACACCAGCUGCCCGCGAAAGCGACAGAUGUGAAGAAGCAGUAAAUGUGCCCAACUAUCCUCAUCCCCCUUUAAUUUGUGAGCGAUAGGUAGUGAGAGAAACUGGCGAGAAAUCAACAUUCAGUGACCUGCAAAGGUUUGCGCAGAAGGGAAAUAAUACCCGUUCGUGGGUAUAUGGUUGGAAGAAAGUGAAUGGUUCCAUCAGCUCCACGACACAACCACUCAUCCCUAGAGAGCAAAGCGCGCAGAGUCAUCCUGCAGAUGUGCCGUUGUGUCAUUGUGUGACAGUUUCUUCCUUUUAGGGAGCACCCGGCCGUCUCACAUGCUGUGAGAAUACAAACCCCGUUCUGUUGCACCAAAAGGGGGUCGACCCUUUUCAAGCGCAGUACGCGGACGGUUUGGGAAGGUGUAAUUUCCUGUCGAAAUCUGGCUUGUGGUUUCUUUCUAUCAUCGAUCUACAACGUUGAAGAGAUAGAGAAUGGGAGAAGUGCGCUCAUCGCACCCUUUGUGGUGCUGUGUUGUUGCUAAUGCAUGCAGAUACCGAUGUUGGUUGCGUUGGUUGCUAUCGUAACCGUCACCGCCGUCGCCGCCGUAUGUCGCCUUCCGCAAAUUUGUCGACACGAUCAUCAUCAUCAUCAUCAGUGUACGAUCGUCGUUUGCACUGAGGUUGUAAAUGCUGCAUCUACCGCCUCUGCGCCUGACUGCGAGGAAGUAAGAAAGGAGAGAAUCAUCGGCGGCCGCAGAAGGAGGAGAUCAAGGUAGGAGUGCGUGGUAGGGAAGGAUAGGAGAAGGUAGGAGUAGUCUUACGUGUAUGUAUGUAAAGGAAUCCUUAUGACUAUAUGUGUUUUUUUUUGUUUCGAACGUUCUGAUUUCGCGGUAUAUAAUGAUCCCAAGUUAAAACUUUUAUUUUGAACGAUCCAUUACGAUGUCGCGAUAAAAGUCGUACGAUAAUUAUAAAUGACAGAAGAAAGGGAACUAAAGAUAAAUGGUACAACCCUCCCCCACUAGCAGACGAGGUUGAAGUUGAGGGCAACAGCAAAGGACAUGCGUUAGCAGUGUGCUGUGUGUGUGUCUCGCUAAACACGGAUGAUGGGGUAGGGCGAAAUUUAAAGUACACAACGAUAGGAGAGGAAGAGCGAGAGACAAUGAAGAAGUGCUUUCGGUAUACAGACAAAAGCAUUCGUCAUGUGUGUGCAAGUGUCUCGCGGAAGGACAGGGUUAGGACAAAGAGAGGAAAACUGAUGGUGCAGGGUGCAUGGUUGGAGUGAUAAAACACGGAAAUUUAUCAGUAGGGCCAGCUAUUAGUGCCAGUAGUAGGUGAGACACGAGGCACACUAGAGACCAAAAGUGCGUACGGUUUUUUUUAGAAGAGGCAAGUCCUGAUAAUGUACUCUAGAGCACAGCGAUAGGCACACUCAAGCCUCUGAAAGGAAGCAAUCAUCAUCGUGUGUGGGUGUGGGUGGGUUUUUUUUCUUUCGCAAACACAUGGUGUUUGGUGUAUUGGCUGCUGUGCCCAUGUAGCUAUAACUUCGACGUUUUCCGUCGUUGCAUAGCGUUGCCAUACUCUCUCUUUCGUCGCCUUGUUAAGGACGGGGGAAGAGAAUGUCGGCCGCAGACGUUUGUGCAGCGAAAACAUUGUUGAAUUUUUUUCUUCUUUUAAUUAUCUUUUGCAUAAGAUAUAACCUUUAUACUUUUAGUGCGUUUUAUUCUAGUUGUACUACCUGUGUGCGUGUACUUUGUACGCCAAAUUGAGUUGGUGCCAAGCAUUGUGAUUUUCGGUCGGCUUAAUAAGCAGCCGACUGUUAAAAUUUUGAUUAACAUUUAUAACUUUUUCCUUUUUGUCUGUUUUGUAAACUACUACACGACCCCUUGGGGGCGAACAACGAAGGCAAUAAUGUUUUGGCGAUCCCUUCAAACCUAAUGCCUGGACACAUCCGUGCGCAUCAUUCCGAACGGAAGGUUCUCCGUGAUGGUGGUGGAGUGUGUGUGCAUCGUGUAUUGUUCACAACAGUUAUGCUCAAGCGAAGCGAAGCGGUACAUGUUUUGGGAUCCACACAACUGUUCCCUUUGUUUUGUUUCCUGGCUAAUAGCCGGACAAUGCAAACUUACUUCCAACGUGUUUCAGAGCCUUUCUCUGCCGCAACGUACCUUCCUUCCACAUUCGUACUAUUAUCGCCCAGUAGCGAAUACCUGUUCACUUCAAUUUGUACUUCUGUAAGCCCACCGCCCAGCAGCGAUGUGUAGAGUAUGGAGCAUAAUUUGGCAAAGUUGGAAACAUAAACCACCCAGGGCGUGUACACUAUGAUAUGGGACACGGGAGGGGAUAUUCCUGUUUCUCUUUCAUUUUGGACACUUACAAAUUAGUAUAUAAGUAGUUUUUUUCCAGUCAGUCAGUCAGUUUGGAAAGUACCGAGACCCACAUACACACACACACACACACACCCACGCACACAACUGUCCAACGGAUCGUAAUCGAUAAUAUGACGAUAAUAAGUGGACAGCAGAGGGUAAUGGAUUGUUGUCUGCUUUGUUUUUGCUUCUCUUUUUAAGAAAAAAAAACGGUGAUAUAAAUUUGAAUUUUAAGAAACAGAUUUUCUAUGCUAAUGAAGAUGAGAGGAUCUCCCGCGCGCGUCCGUUCACGCACAGCAACCAGACUCACUUACACGCACAGGUGUAUUACGGUGCACUUCGAUGUGUGUAAAAUUAGAAUGAAGGAUACAUGGUGGAGUGUUGCUGCGCGCGCGGGUGUGUUUAUAUUAUCUGACGUGAGGAAGGAAACCAGUUUCAAUUGUACAAAGGAUAUAUUAUAUAUAUAUACAUUUAAAAAAACACAAACAAAAUUUGCACACAUUCAGAGACAGAAGAUGUAGAUGAAUCAACAGCAGCGAAAGAGUCGAACCGAGGGAGUAAAAACUGUGGUAGGAGAGAAAACAGUCGUAAUGUGUUGUUUGCUGUUUCGUUAACUGAGGCAAUCGUGAGUUGGUUGGGUCUUAGGUUCUCGAUGGGAUUGGCAGCAAAGUGGGAGUUUGUUUGGGCGAAAGAGAUGUAAACACACCAGAGCAUAUUAGCUCACAAAUCACCAUACUGGUGAAAAUUGGCGAAUUUGAAAGCUGUAACGUAGAAUAAUUUGGCCAUCGUCUCGCCUCCUAUCGUGGCGAGAAAAGGUGCAGAAUGUGGCACCGGGUACAGGUACUAUUAAAUUGGUAUUUCCAAAUAUCCUUUUUUUCUUGGCAACAUGUAUACCCGUUUUUGCUCUAUUUGUGAUAUUCAGCCUUGAGAACUUAGUGAACUUUUGUUGGCUGUUUUUGAAAAUGUCCCUCGAAUUUGUUUUGCAAUGCAGAAAUUAUAGAUAUCGUUUGCAUUUGUACAAAAGUACCUGUAAAUAUUUAAAAUUACUUCAGAAGGAAAAUAAUCUACCCUUUUGGGCAAUAUCUUUUCAUUCCGUAAAUAUCUAUAACCCCAGAUGAAGUGCAACAACUUGGUAGAUACGUCUGUAUCUAGUUCCUUUUAGUACGUCAAGGCCUUUUUUGCAUCGACAGGUGCAAAAAUCGUAUUCGUAUUAGUGUCACGCAAUAUUAUUAUUGCAAUAUUCGCCCUUGAGAUGCAAUAUUCAUUUUACUUCUGAAUCUAGCUCUACAUAGAUUGUUUUGUUUUGUGAUAUGUGUACCUUUAGCUUAUCAAAUUUUGCCCAUCGGGAUUUCACUAAUUAGACGAUACGAAUAAUAUGUGCAGCGUGACCAAGAUGAAGAGAGAGAGAGAGAGAGAGAGAGAGAGAGAGAGAGAGAGAGAGAGAGAGAGAGAGAGAGAGAGAGAGAGAGAGAGAGAGAAAAGAACUACUCCGCUACAAAAGCAACAACCAACCCCAUCCAGUCCCAAACACAUCGAAGAACGGGGCAGGAUAAACGCAUUGCUCGAUGCAAAGUGCAAAGUAGAGGCAGCAGCAAUCGCAGUACAAAAACUCAAACCAACACUAAGCGCGCUGUAUGUUUUACACUAGGGGGGAAUACGUGGUGGUAAGGAGCGGGUGGUGCUGGGUGUUAUUUGAUGGGCUCAAGAGAUGCAACGAUCAUGCAAUGAGAAUGCAAUGAAUGAGCAGAGUUGGCACUAACGACUAACAGUUGUGUUGGUGUGCUUUUAGGUCCUGGAAAUGCAACUCCCAUAUCCCCCUUCUCUUGAUUAUCACCAUCACCCCGUCCCCCCCACCCACCUGCAAUGAAUUGGAGGCACUAAGUGUGUUGUUAUUACUCAAAUUGGUGUCUGUGUGUUGUGGUCCGUGUUAAAAUUAACUCAACUGAAAACAGACAGAAUGGAAAUGCAUGCUGAACUGAAGGAAAUUACGAAGCCCCCCCGAGCGGGAGUUCCUUUGGGUGGACAAAUUUGUGAUGUAAAACGAUAGUUGGAGCAGGUGCGCGUAUGUGCGUGUGUGUGUGUGUGUGUGCGGGUCUUUAUGGAACCAUAUUUACCAUCGUGUUCCUCCCCCAGUUACGUUCUCCUAACAUUGUUAGGCCACAUUGUAGCAAUUCAAUUUUACAACGAAAUGUUAUUUUUUUCUCGCCGAACAAAAGGAUGAGAAGAUAAGUUCGCAAAGGGUCAAAACAACGGUGUGUAAAAGCGCAUUACUGUUGUGUUAAAAGAAACAAUCUUUAAAAUAUUUGGGUGGCGUUUGGUUCAUUCCUUUAGAAGGUUUAGUUUUCCUUUUUCUUCGCUCUAUCGUUUUUAAUUUAAAAUUAUUUUUCCCCCAAACUUCUUUCCUCAAACGAAUCAAAAAAGGUGAUAUAGUAUCAAGUGCAAUUUCAUCCCCCCAAUAUGCUUCUGCUUCCUGUCUCCACUUCAAAAAUUAAAACAAAUUCCAAGCUUUUCCAAUCCAUCCGUGUGUGGUCCUUUUCUACACAACCCUAAAGUUCUGGAAGUUUUAGAUAAAAUUCUCCCCCAGCUACUGCGUCCUUUAUCCUCCCGUAGUCGUAGUUUGUUCAUUCGAUUGCAAUACUUUGAUUAUACACAAUUAAAAUAAUAAUUUCGUUUAUUUUUCGGGCCCAUUUGUUGUCCAACGCAAACGCUGUGAGACAACAUCCCCGUGAUCUCAAUUGAUUGUGAUCUAAAAACUAAACCAUGAUGGAGGUGGUGUGCGUUUGUGUUGUCUUUUGCGGUAGGGGUAAAGCUUAUCUCGAGUUGUGAGAGCGAAUAGUGCAUAAAAAAAUAGAAAGAAGGAUCAUGAGACUGCAGACAGACGAAGCAUUUUUAGUAAAAUAAGAAACAGGCAGCUUUGAACCCAAAUUACCCAAGUGCGUGCCUGGGGGGGAACUGUUACGGUUUCCAUUCCAGUCUGCAGUUCUCGCGUAAAUUUGAACCCUUCGGCGCACUAUGAACUUUUGCCGCGGGAACGGACGAGGGAGCAUUUUACAUUUCAAACGAUACUGGGACGCGAACAGACGAUUUAAUCAAUCUAAAUGUUUUUUUCACGAUCGCUGGUAAGUGAUGCUAUUAGAAUGGGAUGUUUUGAUACACCGUUGCGUGUUAAAAUCAAAUAGUGUGUGAUACAUACACAAAUUGAAACAUUUUAACAAACCUCGGUGUGCCAAUAUAAAUAUCUUAAUGUAGCAUAAACACCCGAAGCGAUUAACACCAUCAAGGAAGUCAAGAUGGGUUUUGUGAAUGACAAAAUUUUGUGCCUGAGAGUGCUUCAGAAACAAUCUACGCUACGGUACCGAUUUUUCUAUUGCCUAGAAAACUGAAAGGAUCGUUUGGAAGAUGGGUUUCGAAGGAAGUAUCUUGGCAGCAGGGAGAGUAGUAUCAUUUCUCCGCGAUCCUCGCGUCCAGCUCGUUUGAAGUGUGGUGAUGCUUCUGCAACCAUCAAUACCGCUACCAUAAAAAAAGACACGCUAGAAAAAAGACGCCCCUCUUUAGUGACCAGUCCGGAUCAUACAAUGUUUUGCUUUUUUUUUUUAUUUGUUAUCUUAUAAUUCUAAUUAUAAUUUUCGUACAUCCUCUUUCAUUUACACACAUACACGCGCCUCAUAGAUGUAAUAGUUCUUACGUCUUUUUUUGGCCGGUUUCAUUUUGUUUUCUCUCUCCUUACCGUCAUCUCCAUGCCGGUUCAACAACAUCCUUGCCUUGUGUUGACAGAAUGCUCAUCGCAACGAAUCAAGUAAAAAAGUACAAAAAACAUUUUUUUAUAUAGUUCUUUUAUUUUUUGCUUUGCUCAUUUCCUUCCUUCCUUCAUAACUAUUCAUUUAAUUACAUUUCAUUACUAUUAAUUUCAUUGCAAAACAUUUCAAUAGUCUAUUGUCACUAAAAGGUGGAAUUACUUGUAGUCGAGUUUCUCGAUAUGUAAAACUGGAACUUUUAGGUUGAUCUUCAUUUCAUUAUUCCUUGUGUUGAACAUUACCAUUGUUUUUCUUUUUUUUUUGAAUUCCUGAAUUGUCGGUACCUGAAUAUUGAUGGCUUAGCCUGAGUGUGUGCCAUUCUAUUUAAUCGUUUGCAUUGGAAAAUAUCUUCAUCCUCCCAUACACAUAUCCAUUUAUUUCUCCAACCAUUCUAUUUCAUUUAUCUCAUUUUCAAAGAUAUUAUAAAGGACUGAAAAAAAUACAAAAAAAAACAGUUGAUCGUUUUCCUUGAAAUUCUGCUUUUAACAACACACACACAACGAUUGGAUCGGCAUGGAGAGGACCCGUAUCUAUUUGUUUUAUUAAAUUCAUCAACGUUCCUCGUUGUGACCCUUUUUUCCUUAUUUUGGGCGAGCGAGUAACAGGCUAGUCCAUCGCGAGCAAAACCCUUGUAGGUAAAAAGGCGUUACACAAACAUUUGCGCGAACCAAAUAGGGACGAGGAGAAGAAAAUAUAAUGAUUUUAUCAUUCGGAACGUAACGUAUGGUACACACGUAAUACCAAAUCAACCAAGAGAGAGACAGUCUAGCGCGCGUGGGUGUGUGUAGAGGAGAGAGAAUGGACAACACUAUUAUAUAAAUAUACACCUUUAAUAGAGUGUGGAUUUGACAAAAAACUAAAACCAAACGAAGCCGCCAAGCCAGAAGAGAAGAAUAAGGACAUUUUGAAUGGAAUAUCCGGUUGUGUGCCACUAGAAAAUAAUGAUGGUUCUCAUGGAGAAACUUGCUUGAUAAGUUGAAUGAGAUAAAAAGAGAGAGAGUGUGUGUGUCGUUGAGCGCGCUGAGAACUGUCGUUGCGUUGUGGUGUGUCCCCCGACACCUUAGUGUGUGUUUUUGUGUGUCUUAACUGUGCUGUUGGCUUUCUUCAGCCCAGCCUGGUCUACACCCCACAAGACCAAGGAAGACCGGGCCCGAAGCCUGCGAAGCAGAUGAAGCAUUUUUUCCGUUAUGGUUUUUUUUUGUAUUUAGAAUUUAGAACCUUAAGGCUUCGAGUACUUCGUUCUGUAUAUUACAGAGCGCGUAAGGAGGGUACACUGCUACAAGGGAGCGAACGUUUCGUGGUACUGAAUUUGAGGGCCUACCCAAUUUGCAGUCCCGUAACGGGCUGUUUCCCAACUCCCCUAGAAUUAGGGGGUCGUCGUCGUCCUUCCGGGCUCCUAGCGGUGAAGCGGUUUGUUGGCGUACGAGAAAGUGACAACAUCUGCCACAUACGCGGGGAAAGUCAAUUUUCUUGUUCGAUGUGAAAAAGAACGAAACGAUUGACCAAGUAUUAAACCGUCUGCUUCGCAGGCGCUUCGUGUCCGGGCUUGCUGACCCGGUCCGGAGGGAAGUGCAUCACUCCCUUUGUGGGAGAAUCGCACUGAGACAUUGAUUUCCAUUGAUGAGAGAAGCGGCCAUAUACAAAAGCGGACCGUAUCGCCUUCGUUGGAAAAAUGGCCACACUUAACGCGCUACAGGGAAAGGUGGGCAGUUCUCGACCGAACCAACAUACCAGAAACCUACAGAUAGAGCCCAACAAAGAAAAGAACUCUAUUAUACCCGCUCACCACCACACACAUACAUACACCGUUGCAACCAAUUUUUAGCCUAAACCGUAAAGAAAAAUAGACAUACGAAGAGAAGUUUCAAUAGUACCAACAAAACGGAUGGGUGGGUCGGAUGAUAUACGUAUCUUAUGUGCAGUAAAAUAGAGCAAAACUGAUACACAUCACCCAUUACACACACACACACAAAUCACAAACAUACAACUCCAAAUGACGACGGUGUAUAUUGUGCAUGCCAAGUGUAUUUGAAACGAUAAAAGCAAGCAACAACAAAAACCGACCGAGUCUUAGAAGUAUAAUAUUAAUGUUAAAUUCGAAACUGCUAGUGGGUGGUACUAAGCAUAAGUGAAGACAGUAGAGCAGCAGCUGCAGCAGUGGCAAUGCAGCGAGAGAGAGAGAGAGAGAUAGAGAGUGGUAAAGGGAGAGCAAGAAGUGAGAGUAAACAAAAAAAACAACACAGAAGAAGUCAGAGAAGAAGGCUAAGGAAACAAUUGUACAGUCAAAAGCAGCAAAACAAAACGAUUUGAUAUCAUUGCGUGUGCGUGUGUGCAAAACUAAACAGGAAGUGUAGUAGAGCCUCGAAGUUCGAGACACACAGGGUUCGAGCUAAGUAAUAGCAAAACAAAACUGCGAAAAUAACCGUAAAAUCAAGAUUUAGAAAUGUUUGUAAUUGUUCUGUGAUCCCCCUUUAACUGAUUUACGGUUUUGCUGUCUGCUUGAUCCGACUCCCGCUUGGGCGGUGAAAGUGAAGAUCCAAACACUACACACAAUCAGCACAGAGGGGUGGGGUGGUGGGGAUGUGCAUCCCUGCCAUAUGUCCACAACAGCAUACAGGGUACGCGGGAAUGUACGGUCCUUUGCAAUACGCGACAGACACCACACGCACGUGGUGUCAACAUCUGUUUGUAUAGCCUGUACUUCCUGCCCGUACAUACGUAUGUAUGUGUGGUUGUGUGUGUGUGCAUUUUAAAGAAAAUAUAGGUAAAACAAAAUAGACAAGGGGGGGAAGACCGAGUGUUGUACGCUCAAAGGGGAGACGGAAUCAAAAAGGCAGCGCAGCCAUCAUCAAUUUAAAGAAACAACAAUUGUAUGAAACAACAAUAACAAGGAAAAUCAACACUACACAUAUAAAACCUUAUACUUGAUCAUCAUUGCAAUCAUAUUUUGUGUAACAAGAAGAAGAAGAAAAACACACAGAAAAUUGAAGCGAAGAAUUGAAUGUGAAACUUUGUACGAAAAAGGAUACGCACCAAAAUGCCGUAAAAUGGGGUUUGCAGACGGGAUAUCAUUAUGCAGCAAAUAAUUAUGGUGGCAUAAUACCACACAACAAAUCACACUCUUGUCAUCAGCUCAUCACCGUUUUCCUUUUGACCGUAAUAUCAUACUUACCUUUUACCGAAGAGAGUUCCCCGCCUGGUGACGUCAAAUCUGUAGCAUAUAAACUUUAAAAAAAACUUACCUGCAAUAAAUGCUCACCCACAGAUACACAGUUAGAGGUUAUGGUUUCUGUUGCUAACACCAGGGCUAGCGCGCCCAACCGGCGGCCACGUACAUUCUCAAUUUUAGCUGCUAGUAUUUUGGUCUUGCAAUACCUUCCGCAACAUGCAAUAACUGCUUAGGUUGUUGUUGCUUCUCUCUCACUUUCCUUUUGCGUACAUUUAAACUGCUUUUGUUACCUAAAAAUUAUAAACCAUCAAAAUCUUAUUGCAAUAUUAUCCAUACAAGAUUACCACAUUUUUCAAUAAAUAACACGUUUACGGGCCACGGUCCGGGGCUGGCCACAGAAGUCGGUGUGUUAUCGCAGAACCACACUUUUACACACAAAUAGCAGCAACACAUUCACACUCAUCACACACACGGAAUAACGAUAAAAAACCAUUGCUCCAAAGUUUCAAUGUCAAAUUAACCAAAUUAAUAAGUGCAUGUAGAGAAGCGAAACAAAAACCGCCCCGCGCUCGCGCCGUAAAGCAGCGAGGGAGCGUGAAGAGGAGUGCGAAGGAGGGCGACGUAGCGCCAAAUGUAUUGUGUUGUGUGUCUGCCGGUGGGGCGAGGAGGCAAACUGCUCACCCACUGCGCAACUACCACCCACAGAGGAGAGACAGAUUGCGCGCUCGGUUUCCCUCUGCCCUGUAAGGUGUGAUGUGUUUAUAACAACUAGUAGUGUUUAAUAAUCGGCUGAAAUGUAUACACAAAUUGUUCAAAUUUACCGUCUCUCUCUUUAAACCAUACUUUUGCUUGGAAAAUGUCUAAAAAUGCGACUAGCGUGAUUUUAUUUCCCAGCCAUUCUCAUUUUGGCUUUCAAAAAUCCCCGAUGCAUAUGUGCUAGAUUCUUUGUACUUAAAAUUCUUUAGUUUUUUGCGUUUUUCUUAAUCUUCUUAGACAAAAAUCAUGGAAUAUAUAAAUAUGUAAACAGAAACACACUAAAAUGCAAAUUAAAUAACAAACGGGCAGGAUUUCGCAUUGCAAAACAUAGAGCGAGAGAAGAGUGUUUGGACUCGUUUCGUAUUAAUUUUCCAACCCGUGUUUUCUAAAUCAAACUCUCCCUCCUUCUCCACUCAGUCGUCAUAUGAAUACUGCGCGGCAUCCAUAUACCCUACCCCCCUUACAAUCAACGCAAAAUCUUUUUUAGGGAACAAGAAACACAAAGAAAGCAGCAAAUAAUAAUGAUACGCUCAGGAGAAAACCGAGAAAGCAAUAGGCAGAGCAGGAAGCAGACGAAAGCGUAGAAUGAAUGGUGUUUUUGACUAAUACAAAGCAAAAUAUGCAGUAUAAUAGCCGAUCUGGCAGCAGAUCUAGAAAGCACAGAAAACGGACGAGGAAGAAACAUUAGAAAGAAACACACACAAACACAAAACUCAGUUGUAAAAUUUCCAUUUUUCAAUUUUUGUACGAAAAGAUCGAAGUAGAGUACCAAAACAAAAAGAAACAAAAAAUAGCACAUUAAUGCUCUACUUCGCAAAAUCCUACAAUCAAAAGAAAAAAAGAAAACAACCAACAACUUACAAAAGAGCAUUUGUAUGAUGCCACCAUAACAACAAUUACUAUCAAAAAAAAAAGAAUAUCCAUCGAUAGAUAAAACAAGAAAUAAAGAAUAUUUCUCAUUUCUACCCCUCCUUCCCACAUUCAUUCCUUUCCUGAUAAUAGUCCCCUAUCCUUUUAAAACAAAUCCCCCAAUUCCCCGGCCCUCAUGGCGUCCUUCCCAAGUUUUGAUCCAAUAUCCAUCCCUCCCUGCCAUGAGGACCAACCCAAA